UGCCAGACCUGAUCACUGCCGUCAUUUCGCGUCAAACGUCAAACGUCAAAUUCUAGCGGUGCGUCGCUUUUUCGCGCGUUUGCUCGUUGGCGAAAGUAAUACACUUGACGAGCAUGCCACUUCACCGGUACACGCACGCAAUCCUGUGUAGGAUCCCGUUGUCGCUGCGCACGCGAGGCGAGGUGACAUUAGACGAAGCUAGGACGCAACACAUGGCCCUGGCGCAACUCCUGCGUGAGCUCGAUGUUGACGUCGUCGAGAUGCCGCCUGAUGAAAACUCGCCGCUCUGCGUUUUCGUCGAGGAUAUCGCUGUCGUCUGUAACGGCAUCGCCUUGAUCGCUCGGCCGAGCGAACCAUCGCGUCUGAAAGAACUUGAUAUCAUCAGAGCUGUUUUGAAGAAAGAAUUAGAAAUACCACUUAUAGAAAUAAGUGAUAAGAAUGCUCGCUUAGAUGGAGGAGAUGUUCUUUUCACUGGUAGAGAAUUUUUUGUUGGGCUUUCUCAUUUUACAAAUGAAGCGGGAGCACGAGCAGUUGCUGCAGCAUUUCCAGAAUAUCCAUGUGUACCCAUUAAGGUGGGUGAUGGUGGUGAAGAGGUGAUAGUGGAGAGUCUUACUUCAGCUCCUCUUCAGGUGGCUGAAUCCAAACGAUUGAAAUCGCUGGUUACAAUGGCUGGUCCAGAUGUUAUAUGUGUAGGAGCUGGAAAGGAAUCUCAAGAAGUUCUCAAGAGAAUCGAACGGGAGGCAACAUACAGUUACCAAACGUUGACUGUGCCCGAGGACGCAGCCGCUAAUGUGCUUUACGUGAACGGCACGCUCAUUCAUCGAUCGGAAGACGAGAUCCCGCAAUCGAGUAAGGUCUUCGCUGAGAAAGUAGAGUUCCCGACUAGAUCGCUGCGUUUGUCUGAAUUGGCAAAGGUUAGUUCCGGAUUGUCCUCCUGUUGUUUAUUAGUGCGCAGACCGCGACAUAUUCGUAGCAUUUAAACGGAAAAAUAAAAUGAGAUUGCGCGGUUUCUAAUCGCAAGUUACACACAUCGCCAGUGAUAUACGUAUAUGCGAAAUGUAAUACCAAAUUCUCUUUUCUUGUCGAGUCAAAACACGAUGCAAUGCAUGACAUAUAAUGACGAUACGUCAUCCCAACAUUCUGAUAAGUAUUUUUUAACUAAUUUAAAGAGUUAUUGUAUCAUUUUUAGUAUUUCUUAUCAGAGAAAAAGAAGUAAUAUUUGAAGAGAUUAAUAUAUAUACACACAUAUAUAUAUAUAUAUAUAUAUACAUAAUUUUUAUAUAUUUAGAGUAGAAAUGUAAUAUAUUCAGAUUUUAUAUUAAGUUAUAUUUUAUAUCUAUGCUUUUUACAAAAAACUCUACACUUGCCAUUUAUUUAAAUUUUUUGUUUUUUUAUACACAUUUUUUUUUCUCUAAGUGCAGCUAUAGAUCUUUUCUUCAAUGAUUUUCUAAGUAUUUUUUACUCUAUUUUAUUGUUUGUUUCGUGCAGCUUUUUUUUCUGAUAUCCUAAAAAGUAUGCUAUAAUACAUUUAUAUCUCAUAGUCCUUGAUAUUAAUACAAGUAUGGCACAUACUAUAAUAUGGCACAAAUCCAAUUUUAUAUAUAGAAGUGGAGAAGUUGGAAUAUUGAUUCUUAUUAUAACACAGAAUUAAAUCGAAAUUAAUGAUAGAUCAUUUAUAAUAUGAAAAAUUUAUAUAAUUAGAAAGGAUAUCGUAAAUUAUCAGUAUUCUGACUCCUGCAACACAUCUACAACUAGUCUGAAACGUGUUCACAUUAAAACAUUCAAAUAAAUAUAUAUAUAUAUAUAUCUAUCACCUAAUAAUAUAUCGCAAAGUUAUCGAUAUGUAAAAACAUGAUAAUUGUUACAGUGGAAUCAUAUUUAUCAAAGUUACAUAAUUAAAAGUUUAAGCACAAAAAUCGAUAUAUGAAAUUUCUGUUUAAAAUUUAAUACACAUUUGAGACACUACGCAAUAUACUUGAACUAUUCUUAAAUCGCGAUAUCACCGAUAUUAUCGUAAUAGUUAAAAAAAUAUGAAAUGUUUGCUAUGACAAGUUAUAGUAUUUUGUACCCAAUAAUACGAGAUUAGGUGAUCUUAUAAGUGCUUUUACAAUUUGUGUAUGCAUUCAUUCUGUGUUUAAAGGAAAUAAACAUCGGCAUUUAUUUUUUAUAUUAUUUAUCAUGAUAGAAUAUAUAGUUUUAAAAUAUUAUCAAGAUUAUAAAACAACACAUAUAAAAAUAGGUAAAUCUUUUAAUCCAGUCAAUUGUAUGGUAUUUACAGAAUCUAUUAUAAUUUGUAUUCUGUAUUAUAUAUAAAGAUUGUCAAAGAUCUAUAAGUUCACAUAUAUUAUACAUAGGGAUAUAAAAGUUUUUACAAAAAUUAUUUGAGUUUUCUGAAUAUAUAGAAUAUAGACUAUAAUAAAAUGCAAUUUUUUAAAAUUACUAAUAAAUUAUCAGUUACAAAACAUGUUCCCCUUAAAAACUUUUUUAAAAAAUACUCAUAUUUCAGAAAUUUAAGUUAUUUAAGAUAAGGCGCACAUAGAAAGAUUGCAUGACAAUUAAAUAAUAUUACAAAUUAUAUUUGUCACAUUUUUAUCAUCUUUUAGUUUGACUAUUUAUAAAGCAUAAAUCUCUUUACAAUCAGACUUUAUCGAAAUUUUUUGGAAAUAAAAAAAAUAUCCCAAUAAUUUAAAAAUGUGACGUUUAUAUCUAUGAGAGAUUAUUUAUGAUAGGCACAUAUUUUGCAAUAGUAGUUCAUUUGCAUUUUCUCACAAUAAUGAUAAAAGCAAUAAUAAACUAAAGCAUGUAUCAUUAGCAUUAUGUAUGUAUCACUUUCAAUUUCUGCGAUAAUCAAAUCAAUUUUCUCUCAUAUGAUACAGAUGAUUAAGUCUUUUUUUUCGCUUAUAAUACUGCGAUUGUCACCAGUUGCGAAAUCGUAUUUUUACAUGUAAAUCUUUCGUCAAUUAUUAUGAGUAAAAUGUUAAAACUGAUGUGUGGUUACCCCGUACUAAUAAGAAUGGUGGCAUAUCACGCGUCAGUGUCUCUAGCCAUGCCAUGUAAAGAGGCGCUGAUACAGCACCUUUCCUAGGCAUUGGAAGUGUCCUACACAAAUACAAUACAAAUAUUAAUUAAAACCUAUCCACGUAUAACAAAGUAUGCAAUAUAAAUACUCACAUAACGACUAAGUUUGCUUCCAUGGAAUUUUCAAAUAAUAAUUCACGCAAACGUA